AUGAAAUCUUUUUCGCCGCCACUUGCAGGAGCAGAAAAACUGCUAGAGCUGUGGUUUGGUAACAGCAGCGGCAGAAGUGGAUCCCUCCGCCGUAUUCCAAGAUAUGAGCUCGACGCAAUGCUCAACAUUGCACAGUGCAAAGUUCUCCAAUCGGCACAUACUGAAUUCAUAGACAGCUACGUUCUUAGUGAAAGCAGUCUCUUUGUAUCGGAACGUCGAUUGAUCCUGAAGACAUGUGGCAGGACACGCUUGCUUGCAGCCUUGCCAUCGAUCAUCCAGCUGGCUGCAGAUUAUGCAGAUUUUGAUCAGGUGGUGUCGGUGUACUAUUCUCGCAAAAACUUCCUACGCCCUGAUCUACAGCCUGAGGAACACCGAUCCUUCGACGCUGAGGUUGAUUACUUGGACAAUUUCUUCCAUGAUGGGCAUGCAUACUGUAUGGGCUCCCUCAAACAGGAUCGUUGGUAUCUCUACACCUACCACGUUCCUCAGCCGAUAACAAAGCUUGCGGACCACACCUUAGAAAUACUCAUGACAGACCUUGAUGAAGACGUUCUACAUAUUUUCACUAAAGAAGCGUGUGAGAAUGCGAGGGACUGUACCGAGCGUGCUGGCAUAGACCAUAUCGUUCCGAAUGGGACGCUCAUUCACGAGGAACUGUUCGACCCAUGUGGAUAUAGCAUGAACGCAUUUCUACCAAAAUCAGAUCAUUAUGCCACUAUCCACGUAACACCAGAGAAGGAGUUUUCAUUCGCAUCCUUUGAGACGAAUCAGGACAUCGUUUGCCUGUACAAGCAGACGAAAGAGGUGCUCAAGUGCUUCCGCCCUGGCAAGCUUCUUAUGACAGUUUUCGCUAAUGACAACUCUACGAAGGGGCGGGAGGCUCAACAACAGUUGUGGGAUCGCGAACUUCCUGGAUACAAGCGUACGAAUGUGCAAUUCGUGAGAUUGGAGGUAUUUAUAAACUUAUCAGACAUUAUCCUGUAG